AUGUGGACAAACUCAACGGAAAACGAUGGUGAUGAAUUAUUAGCUGCAGCAUUAUCAUCCAUCCUAGGCAAAGAAAUCGUACCCGAGUCAAGUGUACUCAAGCAGACACAGCGGCACGUUAGCAAAAUUUCAUUACUUAAUCAACAUGUAGCAUCACUAGUUUAUGGCAAAGUCGGACGAGAUGAUAGCAGCACUAAUAAGUUGUUAUUAACAGUAUAUGUAACUGUUUUAGCAACGAAACAGAAAUUCUCUUGUGUGAUUGAACGUGAUGCGAGUGUUGAUAAAUUAAAACAAUGGAUCUUUCAAAAGACAAAUAUUACAUGUGAUAAACAAAAUCUUAUUCAUUGUGGAGAAGAGAUGGAUGAAGGUCAUCUGUUGAGUGAAUAUAAUGUUCAAGAUUCAAGUGAAAUAUCCGUCAUUCGUUUAAGAGCAAUGAAUGCCAACGAUAUUUUAAUAUUGGAUUCGAGCACACGAGAUUCACACUAUGAUUAUGAUUUUACUAAUAUUGAUGAUACAGGCAAAUCUUUUACUCGCGCCAACGUACAAUAUCGUCGACCGUGCGGAUGGAGACGUUUUGCAAUUCGAGUUUGUGGAAAAUAUGAAAAUGAAAUUUGGCUCGGCUGCGAUAAUAGGAAUGGCGAGUGGCCAGUUUCAUAUCAUGGAACUAAGCAUGAUGCAGCUAUUUCAAUUGCUCAAAGUGGUUUUGACUUAAGCAAGCAUAAACGAUUUCUCUAUGGUCGUGGUGUUUAUACGACACCAAAUAUUGAUAUAGCAGAAACUUUUGCAACACAUUUUACACGCAACGGUCGGAAAUUUUGUGUUGUUAUACAAAAUCGAAUCAAUCCAGAAACUGUAGUUAAACUGAGUGCUGAUCAGGACGGAGUUGACGACUAUUGGAUAUCGCCCAGCGCUGAUGAUGUUAGACCAUAUGGCUACUGUAUAAAGAGUAUAUCGUAG